UUGUCGGUUAAGAAGUCUUCUUGACGGUUAAAAACCUUUCGUCUGGGGAUUUUUUAGCUGUUGUAAGAGCAGCUUUGCUUCCACAAGCCACAUUUGGUCCUGGAAAUUAUGUUGAUGAGGUUACGCUCGCAGCAGAUCACAUUUUAUUGACUCAUGUCUUGUGAGUGGAGAGGGAGUUAAACGGGUGCUGUGGAACCAUCUAUGCUCGACACGUCGUUUUUUGCCUUGUAUACGAUUGCUCUAUAUGUGUAAAUUCUGUGAACUCUAGGGAUAUGACUACCACAGACACGCAAGUUAUGAAAGAAACAUCGUCAGCAGGUGAAAACCAUAGUACCAUCAUACAACCAGACACCCUGUCACAACAUUCCAGGAUCAGCGGUGGUAGUAGCUCUCCGUCUCAGGAAGGCAGCGUCCCAAGUAGCCCCAGUAGUAAAAGCAACAAAGUGGGAGACUCCAGCGUUGUGUUGGACAUGCCGCCCACUGCGAGAAAACCGUUGGUGACAAAGCGCAAGCGAGUCCUUAUCGUGGGUUCUGGAGCCUCGGGGACUGCUGCGGCUUACGCUUUGGGGAAACAUCCGGACAAGUUUGAUGUUCAAGUGUGGGAAAAGUUGUCACUUCCUGGAGGUGUGGCUACUUCGGAACAUAUAGAAGGACCAGGUGACCUGGUUAUCAACGAUGGAGUCCAGGGCGGCUGUCCGACGUAUCGGAACACGCUGAAUCUGAUGUCAGAGUUCGGCUUCUCCGGUUCCCCCGUCCACAUGAUGAUUUCUUUUGGAAAAGGGCCGACAGCCUGGACUAACUACACAAAAACCGAUCUGAUCGAUCGACUGAAGGAUGAAAUCAAACGCUUUGGUCGCACGUUGAAGAUCAUAAACAAGUUAGAAUUUUUCUUCAUUUUUAUUCCCAUCUCGAAAGUUCUCAAGUGGUUUGGCUACUCUGAUGCAUUCUGCUACGAGAUGGUCUUCCCUCUGACUGCGCUAUUUUUCGGCACUGGGAAUCAAACACCAAAUGUAUCGGCAGCAAUUGUGGCGAGAGUGUUCCUCGAUGAUGACCUACGGCUUUUCGAUUACGACCCUGAGUGUCUUUUGAGCCAAACUCCUGAGAUGUUCGCAUUUCCUAAACUGAGAGACAUGUAUCAAACAAUUAUGCGCAAAAUGGAAACCCAAUAUCACGCAAACAGAGCUGUUGCGUCGGUCAUCAGAAGGAAUGGUAAAGUCCACGUUGUCGAUGAUGCUGACAAUGAAGAGGUCUUUGAUGAAAUCAUCUUUGCCUGUGACGCUGAAACAGUCCUCCGAGUUUUAAAGCAACCGUCGUAUCUGGAGAAAAAAGCUCUUGGUAAUGUUAGGUAUUACAAUGAUGUCACACUCACCCAUGAAGAUGAUGAGUACAUGGAAAAACAUUACGAACUCCACAAAGACGUUGAUCAGUACUUCAUCCGUACUGACCCCAACGACAGGUCGAAGCUUGAAAUGUCCUUCAAUCUUUCAAACUAUCAGCCCCACUUGAAAGACACGGGACGGAAUAUAUACCAAACCAUCUUUUUGGAUGACAAGAUCAAGGACAUUUGGACCAUCGAUGAAAUCGACAAGAGCAAAGUGAGAUUCACGCGGUGGUGGAGACAGUUCUCCCACACCUGGAAACAUUUUGCGUUCACCGUGCCCUUGUGGCGCUACGUGCAGGGCACCAAACACACGUGGUACUGCGGGUCCUACACGCUCAUCAACACCCAUGAAAUCGGAAUAAUCUCGGGUUUUGCUGCUGCGUGCAGGCUCGGAGCUUCCUACCCGUUCAUUGAGGACAAACUCGCUCGCGAGCAGUUUGAGCAGUAUCUACUCAUGAUCCACGGCAAACCACGACGGUACGGAUGCAACGGAGCUACAUUCCUCUCUAUUCUCUUCGCUCCUCUCAUGUUCAUCUUUGUGGGGCUGGCUCUUUUUGUUCAGUUUAUCAUGAGGUGUUGCGGGAAAGAUGUUUAGAAUUCUAUUUUAUCAUUAGAACGGUAGCUAAAAAAGAGUUCAUUCCACCAAGCCUUCCCCACCAAUAACAGAUCAACAAGUUUGUACAUUGUAUGAUAUUAUAUUGCAAGCUUUCGUU